AUGUGCCUCAACAGCAUUCUUUGCUGCUUUGGCAAGAAAGAAAGGCCCCAGUUGGGGCAUAACAGACAGAUCAGUGGUCCAGUUUUAGACUAUACCACAGCGAAUGUUGAAAGAAUGAGGUUAAGAUCAAUCAAUCUUCCACAAGCUCCAGAAGGGACCCCAGUGCGCCGGCAGAGCCUUCCGGCCGACGUCAAGGCCCAAAUCGCCGAGUUUACUCUGCCAGAGGUCAAGGCAACCUCUUCUGCUCCCCAGGCAGCUAACUCGGAAGCGGAGAGCCGCCAGCAAGCUGCUCCUGAGGCUACCACGGCUGCUUCAACCCCUGCCUUGCGACCCAAAUUUUCUUUUGAAUAUAGGGAGGACGAAAUCUGA